AUGAAUUUGUACACCUUAGUUGAUUCAGCUUGGCUUGAAACAGCUCUAGCACAGAUUCAAAGGCGCACACCGUUAGCCAUUGUUCUCACAAAUGUUCCAUUAGUCAACAACACUAUUCGUUCAUCAAUUAACAAGAUAACAUUUUACAAAGCUCUCUUAUGUAAUAGACUAAUUACUAUUGAAGAGUACUUACAUCAUACAUACAAACUUCAAGAGUUUACUACUUUCUACAAUAAAUAUAAUAAUCGACUCUACGAGUGUUCAUCCAUUUUGAAACACAGAGAUGACACUCUCCUUACCGAUUAUUUGAUAUUACAAAGUUCAAACGACUCUCGUAUACAGAAAGAACCCUCAUCAGCCAGCACUCCUCUACAACGCCAGCUUUCAUCAGCCAGCACUACCAACUCUGUUCCACAGCAACAGCUCUCAACAGCCAAUGCUCCUCUACAAAGCCCACUUUCUGCCAACACCCCGCCACAACGCCAGCUCUCUGCCAACGCUCCUCUUCAACGCCAGCUUUCAUUAGCCAGCAGUACCAACACUCCCCCACAGCCACAACUCUCUGCCAGCACUCCCCACAACGCCAGCUCUCGGCCAACUCUCUUCCACAGCAACAACUCUCUGCCAGCACUCCCCACAACGCCAGCUCUCGGCCAACUCUCUUCCACAGCAACAACUCUCUGCCAACACCCAGACACAACGCCAGCUCUCGGCCAACUCUCUUCCACAGCAACAACUCUCUGCCAACACCCAGACACAACGCCAGCUCUCGGCCAACACUCCCCCACAGCAACAACUCUCUGCCAACACCCAGACACAACGCCAGCUCUCUGCCAACACUCCCCCACAGCAACAACUCUCUGCCAACACCCAGACACAACGCCAGCUCUCGGCCAACUCUCUUCCACAGCAACAACUCUCUGCCAACACCCAGACACAACGCCAGCUCUCUGCCAACACUCCCCCACAGCAACAGCUCUCUGCCAAUACUCAGCCUCAGCCUCACCCAUCUGUGUCUAUUCCCCUUAA